CUCAGGGCCCUCAAGCUCCCAGGCCUCUGGUAGAGGACCUGAGCUUGAAGGAUAGACCGUCUGCUGGGCAGAGCGGAUGAAAUCAUGGAUAUUUUGCUUAAGGAAAUAAGACGCAAGGAUGGAGCAGCAGCCUCUGUACUGGAACACGCAGGUUUGAGAGCUGACUCAGAUCUCCAGUUACUGACUCCACAAGAAGCGGGUGAGCUGUUCCCUGGAGUUGAAAAUUUCAAACGGAUAAGGGAAAUCUUUGAUAUAGUACACACGCAGAAACCAAUUGAUGUCCUCAUAAAAGAAUUCAAGGACUUCAUCCCACAUGAAUCUCUCAGGGAUCCCUUAACCGAAAAUGGAGUCUUGACCAAUUACCUGAAAAUGUUGAAGGAAAUGAAGAUCCAAGUGAAUAAAGUGCAAGAUUUCCUUGAUGCACAUAUUAAUCUACUGGAGGACUUCAGGAAAUCUCAACCAUUGCAGGACCAGGACAAAGGUUCUUUGUCAAGUAGUGACAACAGCCAAACUGGUGACCCUCCACAAAUACAACAAGGUAUAACUGCCAGUAGUGCAGUGAUGUCCCCACCCUCUCCUACCUCCACUCGAGACCAUCCAGAGAAAAGAUCAGGAUCUUUGUCAAGUAGUGACAACAGCCAAACUGGUGACCCUCCACAAAUACAACAAGAUAUAACUGCCAGUAGUGGAAUGAUGUCCCCACCCUCUCCUACCUGCACUCCAGACCAUCCAGAGAAAAGAUCAGGUUCUUUGUCAAGUAGUGACAACAGCCAAACUGGUGACCCUCCACAAAUACAACAAGAUAUAACUGCCAGUAGUGCAGUGAUGUCCCCACCCUCUCCUACCUCCACUCGAGACCAUCCAGAGAAAAGAUCAGGAUCUUUGUCAAGUAGUGACAACAGCCAAACUGGUGACCCUCCACAAAUACAACAAGAUAUAAUUGCCAGUAGUGGAAUGAUGUCCCCACCCUCUCCUACCUGCACUCCAGACCAUCCAGAGAAAAGACCAGGUUCUUUCUCAAGUAGUCCAGCGAAGCGCCACAAUAGCCAAACUAGUGACCCUUCACAAGUACAACAAGAUUGCAGUAGAAGGAGCUGGAGUCUUUCUAGGCUCUCUGUUUCCAUUCAUGUCCAGCCACAGAAAAGACAAGUGACGUUCAAGAUGGUCGUCAGCGGAGUAACCUUUGAUGCCCAUAAGCAGCUACUGGACAGAUUAACGACUUCAAGCAGGGAUACAGUUUUGAAUUUGCUCAGUCAGGAGGAUGGUGAGGUCAUCAUUGUCUUCUGUCCUGUUGUUUCACGUAUGGGGACAGAUGUUGAGGCAGCCACGGCCAAAAUCACAGGUGAUAAACCUGUCAUACUGGUUGUGAUGCAUCACACAUAUGAAGCCAAACCUGUACCCUCAGUGAAAACAUGGAAGGAAUCUUGUAAGGUCGUUUUGUGUGUUCAUGUUUUCUACCAUGAGAAGUUCAAUGGAUUACUGUCGUGUCAGGAAAAUAAUGAUGCCGUCUCCAAGAUACGAACAGAAUUACUGAAAUACGGUGUUGACAUAACUUAAAGUACAAGUGGAGAUACUCAGAGUUGGUUCAGUUUGCCAUUUUCCUGGUUUCAAAAUUCAACAAAAAAAAAAUAA